AUGGAUGUCCACGUCAUGAUGAACACUUCUGCCCUGAUGAUGACUCUAGUGGGAAUUGGUUCUUCUCUCUACACAAGUGUUUUGAACAUCUAUUUUUUGAAAAAAGUUGAAAGAAAGAAAAAUGAUAUGAUUCUAUUUUACUUUCGUUUUUUCUUGGAUGCGAGUAUUGGACUUCUUGUUAUUUUUUAUCUAUUAUCAAAACUUUAUUUUUUAUUUCGGAUUUCCUAUAUCAAAUAUUUCCACCUGCCGAUCAAUCGUCUCAUUGGCAAUAUCGAUUGAAAGAUCUGUGGCAGUUUACAGUCCCAUAUUCUAUCACAACUAUCGCAAACUCUGUCCGUCAAUCUUUAUACUAUUAAUCGCAGUUUCUUACGGAUUAGCUGAAAAUCUAGUGCUACACGCUGUCUGUAAUUACACAAUUUAUUUGUCUGAAAACUGCGCAGCACUGGGAUGUGCUGUGAACUCUUGUUUCAACAAGUACUGGACUAUCAGUAAAUUGAUUUUAUUUGUAUUGAUAUUUUUGUUCUCUGCCAUAUUGUUUUUGAAACUAACAAUUUUGAAGAAGAAUACAGUGAACAAAAACUUGUCAAGAGUCAAUUACUUAGCUAUUAUGGACUCAAUUGUUAUGCUCUUGUUCGAUUUUCUUCCAAACUUCACAGCAAAUUACUUUUCGAAUCUCAAAUUUCUCAGCUUUCAGAUCGCCGGACCCUACGUCACAGUUGUAAAGAUGUUUGGAAGUGCAUCCGAGGCAUACUUGGUGUUUCGAAUUAUAAGAAAAAAGAGUGAAUCUAUGGUUGGAAGUGUCGGUAGAUCUCUGGAUCGUCGGUAG